GGAGGAUGGUGGAGGUCUGCUCGGACCGGGGAUGAAGAGGGAGACGCGAACGACGAGGUAAAUGAAGCAGGCUCACCUUGCAGAGGCAUAAGUUCUGAGGAGGACCUAUCUUUGAUAUUACCAUUAUCCAUACUACAGUCCCUCUGACAGCUGACAGAGUGGAAAAACACAGGAAUGUGAAUUCUUGAAGGACAAAAGCACAAGUUUUCUUAUUUCAACCAUAUUUUUUUUAGGAUUUUGUUGCAUCACGCGGGGUGAUAAUGGACCUGCCCCAAGCGCCGCAGAUUGUAGUGAGCAGGACAGAUGGCCAGGAGGAAACGGACUGCGCAGGAGGCGUAGAUUUUCCCACGGAUGAUCAUCUAAUGACUUUGAAGGCCUUGACAGAGAAACUGAGACUGGAGACCAGGAGGCCUUCGUACCUGGAGUGGAAAGCCCGGCUGGAAGCCGAGCGCUUCAGCAAGGCAGGAAGUGGACAGGAGCCCGGCCAGGUGGCGCCCGACGGCAAACAAGACGCUGCCAAAGAGAGUGAAGUGAACUCAGACGUGAAUCGGUGCAGCCUGCCGUCAGGUGCGUCGAAGAAGUUCAGCAGCAUCGACGAAGCUCUCGUCUGGCUCCGAAGGGAACUGACAGACAUGCGACUGCAGGACCAGCAGCUUGCGCGGCAGCUCAUGCGGCUGCGCAGCGACAUCAACAAGCUGAAGAUCGAGCAGACGUGCCACCUGCACCGCCGCAUGCUCAACGACGCCACCUUCGGCCUGGAGGAGCGGGACGAGCUGUCGGACCUGCUGUGCGAGUGCCCCGUCACGCCCGGCCUCGGCCUCUCGGCGCCGCUGAGACUCAUCGGCGUCACCAAGAUGAACAUUAACUCGCGCCGUUUUUCUCUCUGCUGAUUGCUGUGCUUCACUUUCCGAUUUUAGAUAUUUAGGUUACUGUGACACAAAUGAGUAGUUGUGGGUUUUAGACUAAAGUAUUUUCAAGAAUUUCACUGUUCUCUAAUUAAAAUUAUAUAAUCAUUCUGCUACUGAGGAACCUAAAGUGGUUCUAUAUGUGUUCUUCAAAUCAGGCCAAGAUUGAGGAAAUGUAGAAUUAAAUGUAUGUAAAGGUAUGUAACUAUUCAAAAAUUGGUUUAAAUUAAAUCCUGUAUGUCUAUUUCAGUUUGACGCAGCAAGCAGUCAUGUUAAGUAUUGUUCAUUAUCUGUA